AUGGUCCAAGACACACCCACCCCUUCGCCCAUCACCACGCUCGUCAAUGAGCUCACCCCAGUUUUCGCGACAAACCUCGAGAAUGCCGGUGUGUCCUCCUGCAAGGCUGAGGAGACCGCAAAGGCGGCGGGGGAGAAGGUCAAAGCCCGCUUGACAGCGUUGCUGAAGGAGGCCACAUCGGCCGAAAAGUCCCGCAUCCUCACUGUCUCGCCCACGGUCCGUACCCAGAUCGCCGGUGAUGCCAAACAGGCACUGUUUGACAGGAUGUACGUCCUCGCGCUCGCUACGUGGGUGCAGGCGGCGCUCCAGGUGCUCAAUGGCAACUGCGAAUGUGCCCCGCUUCCGGCGCUGUAUGCCCCCGACGGAGCGAGGCUGCGCGAGUCCCCGCCCAUGAAGGUUUGGAACAACAUGUGCGACAACAUCGAGUCGGCGUACGAGAGUGCGAAGGACACAGUUGGUGACUGGCUGAUUGCGGCGGGCGAGUGGUUGAAGGAGUAG